AUGGGAGAGAGAAAGAGGAAAGGUGGUCCAUUACAGCUUGACUGGGAGAUACUACUUUCCCACUGCGAAAGCGAGCCUCCGCCGAUUGUGGUGAUUGAGGCGGAGGUAUCAAACCCUCAAGCGGCGGAGGUGAUGGACGAGCAGGAACAUUACGGGGACCCAAGUCUCCAUAAUUUGCCUGAGAAAGAGCUGCGUGACAGGGUUGAUAGGGUCAGAAAUAUGUUGAGUGGUGGUAGUUUAUUGUGCAAGUUGGGCGAUGGUGGUGCGAAACUGCGAGUUAGUCUGAAAAAGGCUGAAGCAGAGUUGGAGAGGAGGCACCGCCAGAAGGUUAACGACAAAUGCAAGAAGGUGGCUCCAUUAGCCGACCACUCAAUCUCCAAUGGUGCUACUGAUGGUGUUGCAACUCGUGGUGGUCCUCCUCUAUCUGUGUCAAGAUCGGAGUUUGCUUCACAUUUUUGUGGCAAGUUGGAUGCAAAAAGUCCAGCCAAGUCUUUCUCAGGAUUAUCUACUUUUAAUCCUUGUAAUCAGAAAAGAGAAAAUGAGUCAUUGUUCGCUCAGAAGACAGGUUUAUCUGCAAGGAAAGAACCUUUUAAAUCACCUAAUCAUCUUUCAGUACCGACAAAUGACUCUUCUCAAUCAAUCCGUGAGCAAUCAGGAGGCUGCUCUUCUUGUUCCCCGCCUUUUAUGUCUAAGAAAGGUUACUCUAACUAUCAUGAGAAGAGGGAAAAUGCUACUCGUUUUCAACCUAUCCGAACCUCCAAAAGGAACAACCGGAAAACUGUUGUUCUGGUAGAUGAGGAAGAGCUUGAGGUUGAAACAGUUAAUCAAGGGGACCCAAUGGGUCAAAGUCAAGAUAGUACGAUAUACUAUCCAUCGAGGGAUGAUCCUGAAGCUGUCCAAAUUUAUUACUCAGACAUGGAAUGUUUGGCUCCUCAAUCUUAUGUGUCUUCAACGAUCAUGAACUUUUACAUUCGGUGUUUGCAGAAGCCAGUGUCUCCAAGUACAACAAAAAGAUGUGACUAUCACUUUUUUAAUACAUACUUCUAUAACAAGUUGAAAGGGGAUGUCUUGACCAAGGCUAAUAAGGAAACUUCAUUUAAGAAGUUCAGGAGGUGGUGGAAGGGCGUCAAUAUAUUUGAGAAAGCUUAUAUCUUUCUACCAAUUCAUGAAAAACAUCACUGGAGCUUGAUUAUUAUUUGUAUACCAAACAAAGAAGAUGAAUCAGGUCCAAUCAUUCUUCAUUUGGAUUCUUUAGGUCUUCACUCCAGCAAAUCAAUUAUACAGGACAUAAAGAGCUUUCUGGUUGAAGAAUGGAGAUUUCUACGUCAAGAAGAAGUGCUGCCUGAACUUCCUAUACCAGACAAUAUUUGGGUCAAUUUAACUAGAAGAAUUGAUGAGAAAGUAAUUGAGGUGCCCCAGCAAAGAAAUGAGUAUGAUUGUGGUAUCUUUGUUCUUUUCUUUAUGGAACGCUUUCUUGAAGAUGCCCCUGAAAGACUGAAGAAGAAGGACUUGGACAUGUUUGGCAAGCAAUGGUUUAAACCAGAGGAGGCUUCCAGUUUGAGAAGAAAGAUUAGGAAUAUACUGAAAGAAGAGUUUAUGAGUGCAAAUGGAGGGGACACGUGUAAAUUGGAUUGA